CCAGUAUCCGAUGUAAACGGAGAUACCUAGCAUACAAAAAUUGUAGAUUUUCAGCGCGCCGAAAUUUACGAUCCGAAGAUUACGAAUGUUCGAUGACCGUACAUUUCAUAACAUGCAGCUGAGCAUCUGUUUUACUGUCCUGUCAUACCAUUUUGUGAGGCACAUGUAAAUUAUCUAUCGGGAAAGCGAAGAAAUGAGAAGCGUCUAAUCUAAUCGAUCAUUCAACCAUGCUACGACCCUGGUGGUGUUCGUCUAGCCUACUUGCUUCUCGAUCAAUAAUCGAAUUAUAAAUUAUACUUCAACAAUGUGAUUCUUGCCGACUGCCGAAGCUCUGCUCCUUUCUGUAAACAAAGGUUCCACCUACAUUAUACGAGAAGUCAUAUUGAUUGACCAAAGUGUGCCAAGAGUUGUCAUAACGAGCCGGCUUCCCGUUAGGUCUCGGCCACUUACCCAUUAAAGGAUUUUCGCGCCACAUCUACUUAAGUAGAGUAUUUUGUGGUAUAUCAGCGUACUGUAAGGAUUGGUGUGACGCAUUGAGUUGGAUUAUUGCCGAAUGAGAUAACAUAAAGAUAAGAUAUGAUUUUCGGGAGUGCCAUUUGGGGACAACCUUUGUAAAAGGAGUGUUUUGUUUGAUCUCCGAGUCUUGGCCGCUAUCAGUAGUAUUGUCAACAAGGAAACCUUGUCCUGUACACAUGGAACUCAGUAAGGUACUCUUGAAUACCCAAUCAUUUAAAAUCAUGACUUGUAAUGGCAGGAUGACUCGGUAGAAAUGUCGUUUGACAUUUAUAAUUGCAAUUCGAAACGAGAACUCCUGUAAAGAAAUGGUUCGAAUGCGAUUUUGAACCAGGGGUUUCCCCUUCUGCAAAAUUAUCGCUGAGCUUGAUACAUGGAUUUUACUUCCGUCCAGGAAAUUCAUCUAUUUUUUACCUUGACUUGUAUUGAGUACCACAAUGGAAGCGAUUCAGUCAUCUUCCACCGAGAAUGCAGUUCCGACUCUCGUUGGUGAAAACGCAAUACCAAAACAGCAAUCUCUUGGCUCAGAAGAAAAUACCUUGAUGAUUUCACCACAAACCAACUCCAAAUCACCCGAACCUAGUAGUAGUAAUGGUCACAGUCAACAUGAUACCCGUCCAAGGAGUUCUACUGAUGUAAGGCAUAUACGGAACCACCCCAGGUCGCCGACUAGCCCCGGGACAUCGGAUCCACACCGAAACCAAAGGCUGCGAAGUAAAUCCCAUAGCAUUAGUAGUACUAGCAGUGAAAACAUGCACUUAGAAGACAGUUUUCCAGAAGACGACAACAGAACGCGGGAGCGGGAGAUGUGGGCCAUGCUCGCUGGACAGACUGCGUUCAAGUUCGAGUCGUACAUCUUCCAGCGUGUGCUUCCCAAGUCGCUCAUCAAGCCACACAUCUUCCCACGCCAUGUCGAGGACAUGGAGACUUUGAUCGAGAAGUACAUGUCGACGGGAAAGACGCAACGGCUUGAAGGAGCCGCAGAGAAGUGGGCCACUUUGAAAACUGAGUGGAAAUGGCGGAAGGCGCAUGGCCUGGUGAUCGGCACAGCCAAAUCGGCUUACCUCCAUAUCUCAAACCCUUUGGAAGUGAUGAUGAAGUUAGAUCGGGAAAAGGGGGACAGUCUGGAAGAUGCCAGAAGAGCUUACCGGAAUGUCCUCCCUGGAAACCUUCACGAACCAGGACAGGAAGUUGUAGAGUUGAUGCAUGUGAUCGGACUCCUUACUGACAAGUCGUCUCCUCCGAGUCCAAUGUGAUUAAAUCAUUGUUCCAAAAAUAAGGAAUGAUUGUUAUUCUAACGGGUGACACUAAUUCAAGGAUUUCAACGACUGCCACAAUAUCAUUUUUCUAACCUUUAACAGUCUGCACUGCAGUUCAUUCUCUUACAUUUGCCAUUGGUCAAAUCUUGCUCUUCAAUUCAUUUGUCAUCCUUUACUAGUUUCUAUCGUUAUUUAUUUCAAGGAGACUGAAAGUCAAGUUAAACGCUGGCUUGCAUUUGAGAUAUUGCCCAGUAAAGGAAUCUGUCACCCAAAAUGAUAUGUCACUGGUCGUCUUGUUGAAAUAUGUCUUUAAAGUUUUUGACCCGAAAUUACAAUAAAUUUGCUUAUAAUAUAUUGAUAAUCGUUCAUGAAACAGAAUCUUCCUGAUUUCGUCUCCUGAUAACAAGAAUAUCCGCAUAUUUACGUAUGAACCAUUUUCCAAGUACAUCUAAUCAUCCUAGCGUACACAGUGUGCGAAUGAAAAGUGCAUCACAUUUUCGGAGAAUGAGUAAAUACCGUAUAUCUUUGAAAAAAUUAUCUCGAAAUUUAUCACGGAUGAUAGUCGCUUCCCUAACCAUUUCCAUUAAAUAAAGAUCUUCAUUGUAUGGAUUCACCAACCCACCGAAGCGAUUUUCUAUUUAAAAAGAUAGUAUUUUAAAUGUGAUGACAUGUACAUUUGUUUAUAAACAUACUUUUGUGUUGCUCCUUGAAAACAAACGAGAAACGCUUCAUUUUUUAUUCUAUUUUUAUA